AUGUCUCUUCACAAAAAUACCCCGAAGCCUCAUAAGUCCGACAAGCUUACAGAGCAUCUCCAAGAAACACCUAAUUCACUGCGAGUAAGCGCUACCAAGAGGCCCAGACUCGCCCCCCAGCCUUCUGGAAAUGUCGACGAACCUCUCAUCAUCACUACAACUCUUGAAUAUACUGAUACAGAAACAUCAUUCAGCCCUGGUCAUGCGCCAGGCUAUUUGCAAUGGAGAAGAGCUCUUGUCCCCGAUCUAGCUAGUGAAACCGAGGAGGAGAAAAAACACCGACUAAACAAAAGACACGCCCCGAAGGGUAAAAGAGGCACACGCUGUAUUGACGAUGGAACCAUUGACCGAAGCCCUGCGAUUCUUGGCAAACCAGACCCCUCUAAGCUUGUACUUAGGUUCAGGACCGAAGAAAUAGACGAGUGUUCAAAUAUGCUGAUUCAAGGCGAUGUCGAAUUCCAAUACGAGGAUGAUUCAAAUGGCGUUCGAGUGGAUUGGAAUGAUAUCAAAUCUUUACAUGCACUUAAUAAUUGGCGAAAUCAAGUUAUUCGACGAAACAUUGGUAAAGCCUAUGAUAACAAGGAUUUUUGGACUGUACAAGAACAAAAGAUUCUCACUGAAUUGGUUCAGGAUUAUCUUAAUGCCAAAAAAGAUAUCGAUUGGACGGAGAUUGCUAAAGAUUACAACUCCUCAAUUGAAAACAUUGAACAGGAUAAAGGAAUACCUGGUGCUCCCCGGCGCUAUCGUUGCAAAAAUAGCGAGCAGAAUCCCCGAGAAGCUGUCUGUAUCUCUGUACCACUUCGCGAGAAUCGUCAGAUACCCAAAAGAGAUGACUGGGUCUUACGCCAAGAGAUGGGUUUCUUUCUCGCUCCCGAUGCUAUCUCAGUGAUGGAGAUGCUGAGAAACAGUGCCCUUCCCCAGAAAAAUGGUCAUCCGCCAGCGAGGACUUGCCGCGAGCAAAGCCAAUUGGGAAAGCGAAGCAAGGAUAAGGUAACUACUCAAGAUUCUUUGGAUGAGCAAGAAUGCUCUUUUGCUUCUUCUACAUAUGAGACCGAUCGCUCUAUGGUCGAAGCAGCUCCAGAAUUGGCUCCAACUCCUCCACUUCGUCCUCUUACCCAACCUCGACCACUUCAACCUCGCCAGAAGACCAUCGUUCAAUAUAAAGAAGAGCCACCUCGUAGUCGAUACAAGAAGCGCAAUGUUUACAACGAAGAGAUUGUUUAUGACAAGCCAUCAACUGAUUUUCACCGUUACUCAACCAAUUUUAACACGAGUCAAGGAUUUGGUGAUAGACGACAUGCUCUUGAUCUUUUGGCUGAACAGGCUGCAAUCUUGCAUGAUCACUUGCCUGAAGAGUCGAAGUGGUCUGCCCCCAGACCUGUUUUACCCACUACCAAACCUGCUCCUAAUGCACCUACUCCUACUGCACCUGCACCUGCGCCAAUCAGAUUUAGACCUGUGACUUUUGGUACUAUCGCGUCUACUCGCAAUGGGACUGUUCCAAUGCCGACUGCUCGCAUGGUACCUGUUUCCAAAUCGAUUAUUCCCAUGAAACCUGCUACAAUGGCAUCUAAUCCUUCUGCAACGAGAGAAAAGUUCGCAAAACCCGUCUUGAACCAAAUGACUUUUACGCAGACACCAGAUCCUUCAGAAACGCCUCUUAAUCGAAGUUUCAAUCCGCCACGACCAUUUGUUCCUCGCAUGCCUGAUUGGAAAACCAAUCGUCGAAUGAGAGAAACGGUUGGGGAAGAAAUUACUGAAGCCAAGGCCAAGAAGCGCAGCACUUCGGAGCCAGCUCCUGAGAUUUGA